AUGGAACAAAGAUCUGGCCGAGACUCGAACCGUCCCGACUACCUUGCCCAGGCACUUGCGAAAGUCGCUCAGGCACAGCAGGAGUUCUUUGCCAAGUCGGGCGAUGUUGAAAAGGCACGGGCUCUAGUCCGGCUGAGGGAGGCAGAGCACGAUCUGACUGUGCUCAAGGGAGCUGACAGUGAGCUUGAAGGCGACAAGAAGAGAGCGGAGGCACAAGUGCGGCUGAGAAAAGAGCAGCUUAGGCUAGCCGAGCUUGAAGGCGACAAGAAGAAGACAGCGGAGGCACAAGUGCGGCUGAGAAAAGAGCAGCUUAGGCUAGCCGAGCUUGAAGACGACAAGAAGAAGACAGCGGAGGCACAAGUGCGGCUGAGUAAAGAUGAGCUUAAGCUAGCCGAGCUUGAAGGCAACAAGAAGAAGACAGCGGAGGCACAAGUGCAGCUGAGUAAAGAUGAGCUUAAGCUAGCCGAGCUUGAAGGCGACGACAAGAAGACAGCGGAGGCACAAGUGCAGCUGAGUAAAGAUGAGCUUAAGCUAGCCAAGUUUGAAGGCAACAAGAAGAAGACUGCGGAGGCACAAGUGCAGCUGAGUAAAGAGGAGCUUAAGCUAGCCAAGUUUGAAGGCAACGACAAGAAGACAGCGGAGGCACAAGUGCAGCUGAGUAAAGAUGAGCUUAAGCUAGCCAAGUUUGAAGGCGACGAGGAGUUGGCGCAUGCUAAAAGAAAUUUGACGGAGGCGAAUCUCAAUCUCUCUGUGGCAACUGUGAGUGAAUUGCUCAGAAAUGCAACAGGGGAAGAUGCUGCUCGACUUAGCAGGGAGCUCGAGGUUGCAAGUGUGAUGGCGCAGGCAAGUUCCUUUCAGUUCUGUGUAAAAUGGCCGCUAAAGUCAACGUAA